UGCAAAAGUUCAGCCAAAAAGAACAGGCCUCAUGGAACAAUGCUCACACCAAUUCACGGAUUCAUUACCCAUCGAAAGUAUCCACAAAUGGCGGCCUUUAAAGGGACUCGAAAUCUGACUAAUCACGAGGUCGAUCCCCUCAUGUCGUGACUCUUUUAUAGGGACUCUAAACAAGAAGAAACCAUUAUAUAUUUGUGCCAAAAUAAAGAAUUUAGCGUAAAAAAUGCCGAACAAAUAUUGCGUACUAUGUGGUAAUCGUAAUAAUUCAGUUUCUUAUUACACGUUUCCGAAAAAUAAGGAACUUUGUAAACAAUGGCUGUUGUUUUGUGGAAUUGGUGAAAAUAUUCUGAAUACAGCCACAAAAUUGUGCUCAAAUCAUUUUGAAAAAAAUGAUAUCAUCUUUAAGGCCAAAGGUUCGGUUGUGAAACUCAAUGCUGUGCCAUGUAUCAAAAAGAGGAGAUUGCAAGUAGAUAUGAAUGACACACGCUUGGCCGAUGAAACUGCAGAUGAUAUCACUUCUACUGAUAAUCAAAGCUCCAAUAAUAUAACAUUGGAAGAAAAUGGUUCACUUUUUGAGUCGUGUAUUAUAAAAAUGGAACAUGAAGUCGUGUCGAGUCCUGAAGAAACAAAGGAUAAUAGGAUUCUCAUACAUAAUUCGGAUUCCAACAACGUAUCAUUGAAAGAAACUAGUUCAGCGGUAAGUUGGCCAUCAACACCAUCAAAUUCUGGCCAUAUUGAAUGCUUUCAAACACCGAGAAAAGUUGUACAUGCAUUACGCUAUGUCGGAGACAUUGAAACGUCACAACUUUUGACACCAAAAAAAGCUAAAAUGGCUUUAGAUGUUGCAAAGAGAACCAUUCAAAAUCUGAGAAAGAAAAUUAAAAUUUUACAACAAAGUCAAAGAAGAUUAGUAGCUCGCAUUACAACGAUGGAAGGACUAAUAAAGCAUUUGAAGAACAAAAGUAAAAAAAAAAAUUAAAAAUAGCUGCUGAAAAUUUAG